UACUGGCAUCAAUUUGCAGAUUGUUAUUAGACGCGCGAAACCAGCAGAGCAAGUUUUCCAAUCUAGACACAGAUCUGUUGUGAGGUUUGAUUGUGAGUCGGUACAUUAGCGCAGAUUGGAGUUCACUCAGUUUCAAUUCAACACCAGAGGAGCUGCGGUGGAGGUUAGCUCUGGUAGCUCGUGGAGACGACGUGAAGGAGCGUCUAUGGAAUAUGGAUAUGUCAUGCAAGUCUUCUGUCGGGAAAUUUAAAGUGACGUUUUAAAGCCAGUCUUCAUUUUAUUUUUUUGGAAAAAAAACAGAUGACAUGUUUUUGGAUGAAAUCCACAUAACAGUUUGGUCAUUUAAAAGAAGGAAUGGCAACAACUAAGAGUAACUGGACCUUCAUCGCUCUUUUGUUGACACUGUUUAUUUUGGAAACACAGAAUUUCACCGAGCUGACAUUGCAGGUCCCACAGGACUAUCUCAAUGAGCCCGGUCUACCUUACAGGCGGGAGAAACGUGAUGUUUCAGUGCAGCAAGAUAAAGCUGAGUAUGAAGUUGAUGUGGAGCUGAAUCUGACCGACAGCAGGACAGUGGAGUACCUCAGGAAUUUUCUGAAGAAUACCAAAUUUAUCCUGACUUUGGAUCCUUCAGUGAACAUCACACAGGUUGACCUGACUACAGUGUGCUACAUCAAUGGCACCAACAUUGAGUGCAAAUGCGAGGAUCAGUAUGUUUGGCCCAAAUCAAGCUGUUUCACCUAUGGAGCUUGUGAUGAGGUCACUGACAGCACAUGUGGAUGCAUCAACAAAAUACCAUCGGACGGGUCAUCCUGUCAGCCAAAGUCAGCUUUUGUUUACCAAUACCGUUUGGACAUUCAGAUAAACAUAAAGGACACAGAACAGUUGAGAAGCGCUUUUGCAAACCUCACUUUCCCUCGUCAAAUCCGCUCUGACGUGAACAUAUCAGAUGCUGAUGUCACUACAAUUUGCAGUCCAGCUGGAUCUGACAUUCAGUGCAGAUGUGAGAAUAACUACCUGUGGCCGUGUGACAGGUGCACCACCUACAGGAAAUGUGAUGAAGGCAGUGCAUGUGGAUGCAUUCAGACUGUUCCUACAGAUGGACAGUUCUGUCAAUCAGAACUGAACAACUUAACCGUUUGUCCAUCUACAACGCUUGUCCCUUCCCUAGAAUAUUCUUCCACUGUUACCACUAAAACUACACCAGAUGUAACAACAACUGUGACAGAUUCAUCUACUAUUUCCACUGAAAUCUCGACAACUACACCAGAUGUGACCACACCCAGAACAGAUCCUCUUCCUGUUUAUGAAUAUGUUAUUUCUGUUGACCUGAACACCACAGGUGUGACUGUAAUAAAUAGGUUUAGGAACAUUCUGGAAAACUUCACGUACCCGUACAGCAUCAACGGAAACACUCAGAUCAAUCAGGCCAACAUUUCUACAGUUUGUUCUCCAGUCAGUGAUGGUUACCAGUGCAGAUGUGAGGAUCAGUAUCAGUGGUCAUGUGACCAGUGUCAGAUGUAUGGAGCAUGUGACCAGAUCUCUGAAGACUCAUGUGGAUGUAUCAAAGCCAUUCCUUCUGAUGGAAACUUCUGCCAGUCUGUGGAUCAACACAAUUUCACCGCUUGUCCAACUACAACAAUUUUAGCAUCAACAUAUUUUUCUACAGCUGCCACGGAAAUCUUUACAACCACCCCAGAUGUGAAAACAACCGCAACAGAUUUUUCUUCAACUGUCCCUGAAAUUUUUACAACCAAACAAGAUGUAACAACAACCGUGACAGAUCCUCCACCUGUUUAUACAUAUUCCAUUUCUGUUGAGCUGAACAUCACUGAUAUGAAAGCUAUAACCAAGAUGAGGGACAUUCUUGGAACCAUCAGCUACCCGUACACCAUCAGUGGAAACACUCAGAUCAAUCAGGCCAAUAUUUCUACAGUUUGUUCUCCAGUCAGUGAUGGUUACCAGUGCAGAUGUGAGGAUCAGUAUCAGUGGUCAUGUGACCAGUGUCAGAUGUAUGGAGCAUGUGACCAGAUCUCUGCAGACUCAUGUGGAUGUAUCAAAGCCAUUCCUUCUGAUGGAAACUUCUGCCAGUCUGUGGAUCAACACAACUUCACAGUUUGUCCAUUAUCAACAACAUCUAGUACAUUUUCAACACUUUCUCCUUCUGCAUCCACUGAAAUAUUAACAACUAUGCCUAAUGUGAACACAACUAUGACAGAAGCUCCACCUGCUUAUAGAUACCUUAUUUCUGUUGAGCUCAACACCACAGCACUGAUGGCAAUAAACACGUUGAGGAGCUUUCUGGGAAACAUUGCUUACCCAUUCAGCAUCAACAAACAAACACAGAUCAAUCGUGCCAACAUUUCUACAGUUUGUUCUCCAGUCAGUGAUGGUUACCAGUGCAGAUGUGAGGAUCAGUAUCAGUGGUCAUGUGACCAGUGUCAGAUGUAUGGAGCAUGUGACCAGAUCUCUGAAAACUCAUGUGGAUGUAUCAAAGCCAUUCCUUCUGAUGGAAACUUCUGUCAGUCUGUUGAUCAACACAACUUCACACUUUGUCCAACAACAUCAACUCCUAGUACAAUAUUAUCAUAUACUUCUUUGACUCCCACUGAAUUAUUUACAACUUUGCCUGAUAUGACUACAACUAUGACAGAACCUCCACCUGCUUAUAGAUACCUUAUUUCUGUUGAGCUCAACACCACAGCUCUGACAGCACUAAACACGUUGAGGAGCAUUCUGGGAAACAUUGUUUACCCAUUCAGCAUCAACAGCCAAACACAGAUCAAUCGUGCCAACAUUUCUACAGUUUGUUUUCCUGUCAGUGAUGGUUACCAGUGCAGAUGUGAGAACCAGUACAUGUGGUCAUGUGACCAGUGUCUGACGUACGGAGCAUGUGAUCAGAUCUCAGAAAACUCAUGUGGAUGUAUCAACUCCAUUCCGUCCGAUGGAAACUUCUGUCAGUCUUUGGACCAAUACAACUUUACACUUUGUCCAACAACAACUCCUAGUACAAUAUUAACAUUUUCUCCUUCUGCAUCCACUGAAAUAUUAACAACUAUGCCUGAUGUGACCACAACUAUGACAGAACCUCCACCUGCUUAUAGAUACCUUAUUUCUGUUGAGCUCAACACCACAGCACUGACAGCACUAAACACGUUGAGGAGCAUUCUGGGAAACAUUGUUUACCCAUUCAGCAUCAACAGCCAAACACAGAUCAAUCGUGCCAACAUUUCUACAGUUUGUUCUCCACUCAGUGAUGGUUACCAGUGCAGAUGUGAGGAUCAGUAUCAGUGGUCAUGUGACCAGUGUCAGAUGUAUGGAGCAUGUGACCAGAUCUCUGAAGACUCAUGUGGAUGUAUCAAAGCCAUUCCCUCAGAUGGAAACUUCUGCCAGUCUGUGGAUCAACACAACUUUACACUUUGUCCAACAACAACUCCUACUACAGUAUUAACAUAUUCCUCUUCAACUCCCACUGAAUUAUUUACAACAACAGCAGAUGUGACCACACUUACGACAGCAGAACCUCCACCUCUUUAUAAGUAUUUCCUUUCUGUUGAGCUGAACACUACAGAUGUGAUAGUAAUAAAUAAGUUGAGGAGCAUUCUGGAAAACAUCAGUUACCCCCUCAGCAUCAACAGACAAACACGAAUCAAUUAUGCCAACAUUUCUACAGUGUGUUCUCCAGUCAGUGAUGGUUACCAGUGCAGAUGUGAGGAUCAGUAUCAGUGGUCAUGUGACCAGUGUCAGAUGUAUGGAGCAUGUGACCAGAUCUCUGAAGACUCAUGUGGAUGUAUCAAAGCCAUUCCUUCUGAUGGAAACUUCUGCCAGUCGGUUGAUCAAAACAACUUCACACUUUGUCCAUCAGCAAUUCCUAGUACAAUAUCAACAUAUUAUUCUCCAACUCCUACUGCAUUAUUUACAACUACGGCAGAUGUGACCACAACCAUGACAGCAGAACCUCCACCUCUUUAUAGAUAUUUUCUAUCUGUUGAGCUGAACACCACAGAUGUGAUAGUAAUAAAUAAGUUGAGGAGCGUUCUGGAAAACAUCAGUUACCCCCUCAGCAUCAACAGCCAAACACGAAUCAAUUAUGCCAACAUUUCUACAGUUUGUUCUCCAGUGAGUGAUGGUUACCAGUGCAGAUGUGAGGAUCAGUAUCAGUGGUCAUGUGACCAGUGUCAGAUGUAUGGAGCAUGUGACCAGAUCUCUGAAGACUCAUGUGGAUGUAUCAAAGCCAUUCCUUCUGAUGGAAACUUCUGCCAGUCUGUGGAUCAACACAACUUCACAGUCUGUCCACUUACUCCAACUCCUAGUCCUUUAACAACAUAUUCACCUCCAGUUUCCACUGAAAUAUUUACAACUACUGUAGAUGUGACAACUAUUACAGCUUCUUCUUCUGUGACCACUGAAACAUUUACAACCGCACAAGAUGGGACCACAGCUAUGACAGAACCUCCACCUCUUUAUAAAUAUGUCCUAUCUGUUGAGCUGAACACCACAGAUGUGAUAGUAAUAGAUAAGUUGAGGAGGGUUCUGGAAAACAUCAGUUACCCCCUCAGCAUUACCAGCCAAACACGAAUCAAUUAUGCCAACAUUUCUACAGUUUGUUCUCCAGUCAGUGAUGGUUACCAGUGCAGAUGUGAGGAUCAGUAUAAGUGGUCAUGUGACCAGUGUCAGAUGUAUGGAGCAUGUGACCAGAUCUCUGAAAAUUCAUGUGGAUGUAUCAAAGCCAUUCCUUCUGAUGGAAACUUCUGCCAGAGUCUGAAUCAAAACAACUUCACAGUUUGUGCACCAACUCCAACUCCUGAUCCAUUAUUAACAUCUUCUCCUUCUGUCACGACUGAGAUAAUUACAACUGUGCCAGAUGUGACCACAACUGUAACAGAAUCUCCUACUGUUACCACUGAAAUACUUACAACUACGGUAGAGGUGACCACGCCUACAACAGAUUCUCCCUCUGUUACCACUAAAGUAGAUACCACUACAGUAGAUGUGACCACAACCAUGACAGCAGAACCUCCUCCUCUUUAUAAAUAUGUCCUUUCUGUUGAGCUGAACACCACAGAUGUGAUAGUAAUAAAUAAGUUGAGGAGCGUUCUAGAAAACAUCAGUUACCCCCUCAGCAUCAACAGCCAAACACAAAUCAAUUAUGCCAACAUUUCUACAGUGUGUUCUCCAGUCAGUGAUGGUUACCAGUGCAGAUGUGAGGAUCAGUAUCAGUGGUCAUGUGACCAGUGUCAGAUGUAUGGAGCAUGUGACCAGAUCUCUGAAGACUCAUGUGGAUGUGUCAAAGCCAUUCCUUCUGAUGGAAACUUCUGCCAGAGUCUGUAUCAAAACAACUUCACAGUUUGUCCACCUACUCCAACUCCUAUUCCAUUAACAACAUAUUUGCCUUCAGUUUCCACUGAAAUUAUUACAACUACAGUAGACGUAACAACUAUUACAGUUUCUCCUUCUGUGACCACUGAAGCAUUUACGACUGCACAGCAAGUGACCACAACUAUGACAGUUUCUCCUUCCAUGACCACUGAAGCAUUUACGACUGCACAGCAAGUGACGACAACUAUGACAGAUUCUCCUUCUGUCACCACAGAGAUAUUUACAACAGUGCCAGAUGUGACCACAAUUAUGACAGGUUCUCCUUCCGUUACCACUAAAUUAUUUACAACUAAAGCAGAUUUGACCACACCUACGACAGAUUCUCCUGUUACCACUAAAUUAUUCACAACUAGAGCAGAUGUGACCACACCUACGACAGAGCUCCCUCUACCUGUUUAUAACUACCGGGUUUCUGUUGAGCUGAACACCACAGAAAUUACAGUAAUAGAUAAGCUGAGGAGCAUUCUGGGAAACAUCACAUACCUACCCAGCAUCAGCAGACUCAUACGGAUAAGUUGGGCCAACAUUUCUACAGUUUGUUCUCCAGUCAGUGGUGGUUACCAGUGCAAAUGUGAGGAUCACUAUCAUUGGUCAUGUGACCAGUGUCAGAUGUAUGGAGCAUGUGACCAGAUCUCUGAAAACUCAUGUGGAUGCGUCAAUGCCAUUCCUCCUGAUGGAGACUUCUGCCAGCCUCGGGAUCAACUCAACCUUACUGCCUGUCUAGUUGAAACAACAACUCCAUCAACAUCAACAGCUUGGACAAGCCAAAGCUUCAAAACCACUGGAGAUAAUAGCAUGACAUCAGUCAACACCACAGAAACAACUAACAGUUCAACACCUCCCAUCAUAUCCCCUACUACAGGAGUUUCCACAUUAAUCUAUACCACAACCGAAGACCCAACGACUGCAAGUUCCACAGUUACGCUUACGACAAGGGAUGAUACAACUACUAUGAUGUCCACAGUGUCCCCCACGAUAAUGGAGACAACUACUGCAGUUUCCACAGUUAUUUCUACUACAACUGAAGAACCAACUACUCUAGUUUCCACAGUUAUUCAUACAACGAAUGAACAACCAACUACUCCAGUCUCCACGGUAGUUUCCACCCCAACUGAAGAAACAACUGCAAGAUCCACAGUGACUCCUUCUACAACCAAAACACAAACUUCUUCAGUUACCAUGGAUUUUCCUAUCAGAACUGAAACAACAACAAAAGCAGUUUCAAAAGGUAUGACUACCACUGCCGAAGCUUCCACUUUUACUUCUACAACAGAAACCCAAACUUCACCACUUGCCACAAUGAUUCCUACUACAAUUGAAGCUACAACUAAUGCAAUUUCCACAGUUUUUCUUACAACUGAGGAACCAAGUACUGCAGUUACCACUUUAACUUCUACAACCACAGCUAGACCAACAACUGUAGCUUCUACCAUGAUUCCUACCACGAUUGAAGCCACAACUAAUGCACUUUCCACAGUUUUUUCUACAACUGAGGAACCAAGUACUGCAAUUAUCACUUUAACUUCUACAACUGAAACCCAAACUUCACCAUUUACUACCCUUUUGCCAACCAUAGCUAGACCAACAACUGUAGCUUCUACAAUGAUUCCUACCACGAUUGAAGCCACAACUAAUGCACUUUCCACAGUUUUUUCUACAACUGAGGAACCAAGUACUGCAGUUACCACUUUAACUUCUACAACUGAAACCCAAACUUCACCAUUUACUACCCUUUUGCCAACCACAGCUAGACCAACAACUGUAGCUUCUACAAUGAUUCCUACCACGAUUGAAGAUACAACUAUUGCAGUUUCCACAGUUUUUCCUACAACUGAGGAACCAAGUACUGCAGCUACCACUUUAAUUUCUACAACUGAAACCCAAACUUUACCAUUUACUACCCUUAUGCCAACCACAGCUAGACCAACAACUGUAGCUUCUACAAUGAUUCCUACCACGAUUGAAGAUACAACUAUUGCAGUUUCCACAGUUUUUCCUACAACUGAGGAACCAAGUACUGCAGCUACCACUUUAAUUUUUACAACUGAAACCCAAACUUUACCAUUUACUACCCUUAUGCCAACCACAGCUAGACCAUUAACUGUAGCUUCCACAAUGAUUCCUACCACAAUUGAAGAUACAACUAUUGCGGUUACCACAGUUUUUCUUACAACUGAGGAACCAAGUACUGCAGCUACCACACGUAUCCUAACCACUGCUAGACCAACAACUACAGGUUCCACAAUAAUUCCUACCACAAAUGAAGAAACAACUACAGCAGUUUCCACGUCUUUUUCAACCCCAGAUACCCAAACCUUACCACUUACAACUUUUAUUCCUACUACAAUUAAAGUGACAUCUAAUGCAGCUUCCACAGUUUUUCUUACAACUGAGAAGCCAAGUACUGCAGCAACCACACUUAUCCCAACCACUGCUAGACCAACAACUGCAGCUUCCACAGUAAUUCCUACCAUAAAUGAAGAAACAACUACUGCAGUUUCCACAUUUUUUUCCACCCCAGAAGCCCAUACUUCAACACUUACCCCAUUUAUUUCUCCUACAAUUGAAGCGACAACUUAUGGAGGUUCCACCGUUUUUCUUACAACUGAGAAACCAAGUACUGCUGCUACCACACUUAUUCCAACCACCGCUAGACCAACAAUUGCAGCUUCCACAGUAAUUCCUUCCACAAAUGAAGAAACAACUACAGCAGUUUCCACGUCUUUUUCAACCCCAGAUACCCAAACUUUACCACUUACAACUUUUAUUCCUACUACAAUUAAAGUGACAUCUAAUGCAGCUUCCACAGUUUUUCUUACAACUGAGAAGCCAAGUACUGCAGCCACUACUUUAAUUUCUACAACAAAAACCUAUAGUUCACUAUUUACCACAGUGAUUCCUACCACAAAUGAAGAAACAACUACUGCAGUUUCCACAGUUUUUCUUACAACUGUGGGACCAAGUACUGCAGCUUCCACACUUAUCCUAACCACUGCUAGACCAACAACUGCAGCUCCCACAGUGAUUCCUACCACAAAUGAAGAAACAACUACUGCAGUUUCUACAGUUACUCCUACCACAAUCAAAAAAAUAACAAUGGCAAUUUCCACAUAUAUUCCUACCACAACAGAAGAAUCAACUUUUGGUCCCACUACAAUCAAUAAAACUGUGAUUUUUCCCUCCACAUUUGUCACUUCUGCCAAAGUGCCAACCACAGCAGUUAUUCCCACUACAACCACAAUCCCAACAUUUGCAAUUUCUACAGAAAUAACUACUGCACUUUCUACUACAAUUAAAACAGUUAUCCCUCCUAUCACUAAAGCAACUACUGCUAAAACUACAACUAAACUUUCCACAGCUGCUAAUAUAACAACAGUGACUACUUCUGUACUAAUAACUACUCCAACUACUAAAAAUUUCCCUAUAACAACUAUUACUACAUCUACUACUUCUACUACUGCUUCAACAACACCUACUAAGACCACUAAUCUUACUAAUAACACUACAAAAACAAUCACUACAACUACCACCACCAAACCUACAACAACUACUACCACCAAACCUACUACCACCACUACCAAGGCUACCAUGACUACCACCACUGACAAGGCUACCAUGACUACCACCACAGCCAAGGCUACCACGACUACCACCACCGCCAAGGCUACAACGACUACCACCCCUACCAAGGCUACCAUGACUACCAUCACUGACAAGGCUACCAUGACUACCAUCACAGCCAAGGCUACCACGACUACCAUCACAGCCAAGGCUACCACGACUACCACCACCGCCAAGGCUACCACGACUACCACCACCACUACUAAGGCUACCACAACUACCACCACGACCACCAAGGCUACCACGACAGCCAAAACAACAACUACGACAACUGCCUCUGCUGGCAUCACAGCAAUUGACAUUGAAGUGUCGGUCACAUUUGACAUGGAGUUCAAAGACGCGUUCAACGAUAAGUCAAGUGCUGAAUACAAAAGUCUAGAAGACAAAAUUUCUACAGAGCUACAAAGGCAAUACGAGACCAUCACCGGGUUUGUUAGAGUCAUUGUGACAGGAUUCAGGAGGGGAAGUGUUAUUGCAGAUUUUGUCAUUUCGACUGCAGAGGGUUCUGCAACACAAAUUACUCAAGCAAACAAAAAUCUCACAAACACUUUAAAGUCUAUUGCUCCUGUACUGAAGUCUACUGCGCUGUAUAAAAGUUCCAGGAACAUUACAUACAUUACAUAUACUCCUCCCAUCCUAACUGGUAAAACAAUGGAGCUGCAAUGUGGCCCUCCUGACGGUGAUCUACUUGCCAUUGUGGGCAAUAUUAAAAGUGCUCAGUGGAAAGCUGACGGUAUAAAAAUUUUAUCAGGGACUCGUCAAACCUUUACUAUUGUCAGCAACACCUCAGUACUUACAGUAAACAAUCUCAUCAAUAAAGAUGCUGGCCUUUAUGAAUGUAUCCUCAGUGGAACAAACUCUGACUUUUAUCAAAAUAUAACUGUUAAAAGAGAUGAUAUUAAAGCAGCCCCUCUUCUGGAGAUGACGCCAAAAUUAAGUGUUGAGUGCAAGACGAGCACAAAGGUAUCACUUGAUUGUUGUGUUCAAUCCAACUAUGUUGCCUCUUUGGUUAAUCCUCCAACAGAAGUACAAAUAUUAGAGCCUACAACCUCUAAUGAAAAAUACUGUGUCAAGUAUGAAUACACAAUACCCAGCUGCAGUUCUAACCCACAACCAAUAACAUUCAAAUGUAAAGUUGAUGGAUACAAUGGGUAUGAAAAAACAACAACGCUGAAUUUCUUCACUGGAGCUCCUACUUGUACAAGCAACAUAUAUGGGCAGGGACAAGAAGGUGCCACUUCAACAAUUGUGUGUCCUGGAGGAACCAAGACAGCACAAUGUAAAGCAGGAUCCUGGAUAGUCAUAACAGACAACUGCAUUCUCCCUGUAAUUAAAGACUUACUUACUGAGUCUGCGGACCUGGUGCCAGAAAAAGUAGAGACUUUUUCAAAUGAUCUCAAAAAGACUGUAAAGGAUAAUAAAACUGAAAUUGCAAAAUCGUCUAAGAGUGUAUCUACUAUUGUUGACAUUGUAAAGACCAUCGCAAAUGUUUCAACAUUUGUCACUACGGAGAUCAUUACGAAUGUUCUACAGACCAUUGAUGUCCUCACAGAUGAUAGUGUAAAACAGUCCUGGGAAACUCUAAAUAAAGAUAGAAAUGACAACGCCGCUUCAAGAUUACUGGGUUCACUGGAGACACUCUCACAAGCCUUGAGUGGAACGGCUGAUGUCUCGACUGAGCGAAUUCAUCUCAUCCGAACAAACGCCACGGAGUUUAAACCUUCAAACUCCACAGUUUCCAUAGAAAUCCAAGACAGUGAUGGUGUUUUCAACAAUAAUACUUUCAUGACUAUCAUUAUUCUGAACACCUUCAAUAAUGUCAUGCCAGCUCGAAACUCAUCCUUUGACUUAAAUCUCUUUAAUGGCACCAGUAACGAAACAACUAGUGCAAACAACGCAAAUCUUGCAAUUAAUGCAGCUGUGGUUCUUGUUCAAGUAAAUCAAACUGUUCCAAGUGUCAAUUUUAAAUUCAUAGCCCUUAAUGAAAAUCUGACCAAGGAAACACAGUGUGUCUUUUGGAAUUUCACGCUUUUAGAGAACUUCGGUGCUUGGGACGAUGAAGGAUGCAAGUUUGUGUCCAGAGAGAAUGACACAGUAAUCUGCAACUGCAGCCACCUCACAUCCUUCUCUGUUCUAAUGUCAACUGACAUCUCUCUUUUUGUCAAUAAACCACCAGGAUCUGGCUCAGGCUCUGGUGGUUCUAGCCCAGGUGGUUCAGGGGGAGGGCAAGGAGCUACUAUCACUGCAGCGGGUUUCAUUUUGGACAUAAUCACCUACAUUGGAGUUGCAAUCUCUCUGGCAAGCUUAGUCAUAUGUCUCAUAAUUGAGGGAUAUGUGUGGAGAGCCGUCACCAAAAACACCACUGCCUUGAUGCGUCACAUUUCCAUUGUUAACACAGCCUUGUCUCUGCUGAUUGCAGACAUUUGUUUCAUCAUUGCAGCCUCUUACUCACAGAAGGCUAUUAAUAACACAGAUGGAGACUUCAAAGGUUUGAUUGGACAGUGCACUGCAGUGACAUUCUUCAUGCACUUCUUCUACCUUGCUCUGUUCUUCUGGAUGCUCGUAUCAGGCCUUCUGCUCUUCUACAGGACAGUGAUGGUUUUCUCCCACAUGUCAAAGUCCAUCAUGAUAGCAAUUGGCUUUGUUGUGGGCUAUGGUUGCCCUCUGAUCAUCGCUGUUACCACUGUUGCUGCAACAGCACCGAGUCAAACAUACAUCAGGAAGAAUUACAUAUGUUGGCUUAACUGGACUGAGUCUAAAGCUCUUCUGUCCUUGGUCAUUCCAGCCCUGGUUAUAGUCGUGAUCAACAUCAUUGUUGUAAUUGUAGUUUUAUGCAAAAUGAUGAGAAGAUCUUCAGGAAACACCGUCCAGCCGGAUGAAAAGAACAGUUUUGUGGUCAUUAUAAGAUGUCUGGCCAUCCUGACACCUUUGUUUGGACUGACUUGGGCCCUGGGGAUUGGAACCAUGGUUUCACCAAAAGACCUAGGCAUCCACAUAGCCUUUGCCUUCUUUAACUCCCUGCAGGGUUUCUUCAUUCUAGUGUUUGGCACAUUGUUUGAUUCAAAGAUUCGCGCACUUCUCUCAAGCAGAAUGCCUUCCACCAACUCAAAUUCGACAGGAAGCACAAGUGCAGGCACAUCUUCUUUCGGUGGAUUGGUGAGCCGUCUCCGUGGAAGAAAUGUUUACCAGGUUUCCCAACCCAGAAACAGCGGCAACACCAACAGUUCCUCAGAGUCAUACAGCAUGAUCUAAAUCACUGCAGCAAUAUGUAUGCAAACAACAAGAAAAUGUGCCUUAAUUGCUAUAUGUAUUUUGUUUUUAAGUCUAAAUGAGACAUGGAAAUUAAAUAGAGUGAAGAAAAUUUUUCAUGUGAAAUUUUGUGCAAUACUGUGAAGAACUUUUUUGUUCAUUUUAAGACUUUUAACUUCUUUUAUUCUUCUUUCUCAAAAAUAAUAUAUUCCAAGAAAAUAUAUAAUAGACUCAGAGAAAGUUGUGUCAAUGCUACAUUCAUGAAAAUUAAAAAAAAUGUAAAAAUGAAGACAUUUGAAAAGAAGUGUUAUGUUUAGGAUGAAGUGACAAUGCAUUGUUUUUCAACUUUUAUUAUGACUGUGAAACCAGAAAAAAUUAAAUAAUUCAAAGAUGUAUGUAAAAAAUAAAAAUCUUCAAACUACUCACUACUGUUUAAAUGUAAUAAUUUAAGCUUGUUACUGAUCUGUUUUGAUUUGAUCAUUUACC